CCGGACCAUUCCGGCAUCAUUGGAAACCUGUGGCCGGCCUUGCAUAUUGGUCUUAUGCCAGUACGGUUCGUGUCCACAUUAUAAUCGCGAGCAGCCUGGCUUGCUACUUGUUCACCUGAAGUCUAGCUGUAACUCGUCGACGUCACUUUCAUGCCGGACAUUCCAGUCGGAUCCCAGAUUUUUGACCUCGCAUUUCAUCCCACGCACUCGACUGUAUAUACUGGCCUUCUUAACGGAAAGGUCAAGGCCUUUCGGUACGAUGAACAAGGACAGCAUGAAGAAAGCUUUGUAUUAAGGCCUUCUAAGCGUUCCUGCCGUUGCUUGGAUAUUAGCGAGGAUGGGUCUCGUCUUUGGGCAACUGGAAAGGCAAAAGCUAUUUUCACGAUCGAUACAACCACUGGAACAGUCAGUGAGACGCGCAAAGAUGCCCAUGAUUCCCCAGUAAAUCGCAUCAAACGCCUUAUGCCCCAGAUGCUAGGCACUGGUGAUGAUGAUGGAGUAAUCAAGCUGUGGGACCCUCGAAAGUCUAAUCCCAUUCGAGGUUAUACCCAUCAUUAUGACUUCAUCUCUGAUUUCCUUUGGUUAGACGACAAGAAGCAACUCAUCACAACCAGCGGUGAUGGCACAUUAUCAGUGAUUGAUGUGCGUGGAAAGAAGCCGGAACCGGUGGCACAGUCCGAGGAUCAGGAAGAUGAGCUGCUCUCUAUUGUUGCUAUUCGAAGUGGGUCCAAAGUAGUAGUGGGCACACAGACAGGGAUUUUAUCCGUGUUCAAUCGUAGUCGUGGAUGGGGAGAUUGUGUCGACAGAGUUCCUGGGCACCCCCAGUCGAUUGAUGCCCUUUGUACGCUACCGUCGUCAUACCCGUCUUCUCACUCUACCAUCCUCACGGGAUCGUCUGAUGGUCUUCUGCGGGCCGUGCAAUUAUUUCCUACCAAGCUCCUUGGGGUUAUUGCUGACCACGGGUCUUUUCCCAUCGAAAGGAUUGCAGUUGAUCUCGGUGGGGAGGGAAGAUGGGUUGGUAGUGCAGGUCACGAUGAUACACUCAAAAUGACAGAUCUCAGGGCCAUUUUUGAAGACGAAGAGGGUGAAGAGGCAGUCGAUGAAUCCGAUAAUGUACAGAUCAUCCAAACGUCGGACAUAAACUCGCAGGAACCCGACGGAGCUGUUGUCGGAACCCGAGCACCUCCCGAGGGUACUGCAACAGUAACCGAGGCCUCUGACAGCGACGAGGACGUACGGGACUCUCACUCCCCGAAGGAGAAGAAAAGAAAAUCGAAAAGCAGCAAAAAUGCACUGGCAGGAAGGAACAAGAAGGCGCGGAACCAGAUUGAUGCGGACGCUUCCUUCUUCAAGGGCCUAUAAUUUUGGCAUCGAUGUGAGGCAUACUACACAUUCAUUACCGGCAUCACUGCCCUUGAUGCUAAUUUAAUUCUCAUAGGGACCAAAUGUUCAUUAUACAUAACCCGUCGGGAGGCUCCGAGAGGGAUGCUGUGAGAUCAGUGCAUCCAUGACUAUCCAUCCCUGUCAGUAUUUUGGUUGCUACAUACUGCAUCAUCUCAAUGAGAUCCGUGGCCUUUGGUUCUGGUCCGAGGUUGUACUUGGUCUAUUAAUGGACGGAUAAAUCUCUGAAAGCUCGGCGCUUAGAUACUUGUUAUUAUGUGAUAAUAAUUAUGCUAUCUCAUUCAUGUUAGCUCACAUCU